GCUGCUCGCUGUUUGCAGCUCGACACGGAGGAGAACAGCGGAUUCCGUUGGGAGGCUGUAGCUCAUCGCCAGACAGUUUUAUGUGGAUCUCUCUCGGUUAUACUUUUAGGUUAACGGUGUCACCUAUGUGAUGAAUCCACCGAGCCGCCACUCCUGUGUGGAUCUAAACUAGCCUGGAAUAUGAUCACAAGAAGAAAAUAAGCGGCGGCAGCUGGCUUCCUGCGGGAUUCUGCCCAGUCUUUUUGUUUUUCCGUGGACAUGCCUGGUCUAUGGAGCAAAGCUGAGAGAGGCUAGCCGGCCGACAGUCCGGCUAGCGCAACAUUUCCAGGAUUUUUGAUGAUUGUUCAGCCGAAAAGCUGAUUUAUUUUGGAUCAGCGUUGCUUUCCCAGCCCGGAUAAGGAGUCAGCAUGGGGGAGCCCAGCCUGGACGACUCCAACGUCAAGGUGGCUGUUCGUGUUCGGCCCAUGAACAGGAGAGAAAAGGAAUUAAACACUAAAUGUGUUGUGGAAAUGGUGAAGAACCAGACCAUCCUUCAUCCUGCAGGAGCUAACCUUGGAAAGGGAGACUCCAGGAGUCAGUCCAAGGUCUUCGCUUAUGACUAUUGUUUCUGGUCUAUGGACGAGACAGACAAGGAAAAAUUUGCAGGUCAGGAGGUGGUGUUCCAGUGCCUUGGGGAAAGUCUUCUCCGCAAUGCCUUCCAGGGCUACAAUGCCUGUAUCUUUGCCUAUGGACAAACUGGUUCAGGAAAGUCAUACACCAUGAUGGGUUCAGGGGACCAGCCAGGGCUGAUUCCCCGCCUGUGCAGUGCUUUAUUUGAACGAACCCAAAAGGAACAGCGCGAAGAGGAGAGCUUCACUGUGGAGGUAUCCUACAUGGAGAUCUACAAUGAGAAGGUCCGAGAUCUGCUCGACCCCAAAGGGGGUAGGCAAACACUGAGGGUAAGGGAACAUAAAGUUUUGGGUCCCUACGUGGACGGGCUGUCUCGACUAGCGGUGGCCAGUUACAAGGACAUUGGAUCUCUGAUGUCAGAGGGGAAUAAAUCUCGCACUGUCGCUGCCACCAACAUGAAUGAGGAGAGCAGUCGAUCACACGCUGUCUUCAACAUCAUCCUCACACACACACUCAAAGAUUUACAGUCUGGGACGAGUGGGGAGAAGGUGAGUCGGUUGAGUCUGGUCGACUUGGCUGGAAGCGAGCGAGCAGCAAAAACUGGAGCAGCAGGAGAGCGGCUAAAGGAGGGAAGCAACAUCAACAAGUCUCUCACUACACUAGGUCUGGUGAUCUCAGCACUGGCUGAACAGGGAACUGCCAAGAACAAGACCAAGUUUGUUCCUUACAGAGACUCUGUUCUGACAUGGCUGCUAAAGGAUUGCCUGGGUGGUAACAGUCGCACAGCAAUGGUUGCAACUGUGAGUCCAGCAGCAGACAACUAUGAGGAGACGCUUUCUACACUGCGUUAUGCUGACCGAGCGAAGAGCAUCGUUAAUCACGCUGUCGUCAAUGAAGACCCCAAUGCUCGCAUCAUCAGGGAGCUCCGGGAGGAAGUAGAGAAACUUCGAGUACAGCUGACCCAGGCAGAGUCUUUGAAAGCUCCAGAGCUGAAAGAGCGUCUGGAAGAGUCUGAAAAAUUGAUUCAAGAGAUGACCGUCACCUGGGAGGAGAAGCUCCGCAAAACUGAGGAGAUUGCACAGGAGCGCCAGAAGCAGUUGGAGAGUCUGGGUAUUUCUCUUCAAUCUUCAGGGAUCAAAGUUGGAGAUGAUAAAAGUUUCCUUGUCAACCUCAAUGCUGAUCCUGCCCUCAAUGAACUGCUUGUGUACUACCUAAAGCAACACACAAAAGUGGGUUCAGCAGACUCUCAGGACAUCCAGCUGUGUGGGAUGGGUAUCCAGGCAGAGCACUGUAUCAUUGAUAUUACAGCAGAUGCUGCUGUCAUCCUCACCUCGUACCGCAAUGCUCGGACAUGUGUUAAUGGUUCUCCAGUAACCAGCGCUUUGCAACUUCAUCAUGGUGACCGAAUCCUCUGGGGAAACAACCACUUUUUUAGGAUCAACCUGCCUAAACGCCGGUCUCGGGCAGCAGAGGAUGAGGAGGGUGAGGGAGGUGUAAUGAAGAACAGUGGUAGCAGUGAACAGCUGGAUGCAGACGGUGACACAGCCAGUGAGGUGUCCAGUGAAGUCAGCUUCUCUUAUGAGUUUGCCCAGACAGAGGUCAUGAUGAAGGCCUUGGGCAACAAUGACCCCAUGCAGGCAGUCCUCCAGUCUCUGGAGAGGCAGCAUGAAGAGGAGAAACGUUCUGCUCUGGAGCGACAGAGGCAGAUGUAUGAGCAGGAGCUUCAGCAACUCCGCAAGAAGCUUAACCCAGACCGUCUGUCCACCGGCCAGUCCGGAGGGCCGACAUCUGGCCAGCAAAGUUCAGGACAGCAGUCUCACUACCGCAGCCUGGAGAGACUCAGUGUGGGAGGGAUGAGCCAUUCAACCAGCGCUCAGAGCAGACUGAGACAGUGGAGUGAGGACAGAGAGGUGGUGUUGGUGAGGAGUCUGCGGAGGUUGAGGGAGCAAAUAGUGAAAGCAAACCUGCUAGUGCAAGAAGCAUGUUUCAUUGCUGAGGAGCUGGAGCGACACACCGAAUACAGAGUCACCUUGCAGAUCCCAUCAGACAACCUCAACGCAAACCGCAAGAGGGAUGCAGUACUGAGUGAACCAGCAAUUCAGGUUCGCCGACGCUGUCGAGGGAAACAGAUCUGGAGUUUGGAGAAGAUGGAGAACCGUUUGGUGGACAUGAGAGAGCUGUAUCAGGAAUGGCAAGAGUACCACCUCCAUGAUCAAGAUAACCCCGGAAUGCGUUCUUAUUUCCGUCGAGCCGACCCGUUCUUUGAUGAGCAGGAAAACCAUAGUCUGAUAGGUGUUGCCAACGUCUUCCUUUCCUGUCUGUUCUACGAUGUCAAGCUGCAGUAUGCUGUUCCCAUCAUCAACCAAAAGGGAGAGGUUGCUGGGCGCCUGCAUGUGGAGGUUGUGAGAGUUGGAGGGGGCUUAGAGGACAGCAUGGCUGGUGGAGAUGAAUCUGACAACAACCAAGACAAUGAAGUUCAGGAUCGCAAACUGGUUUGCAUGAUUAAGAUCCUGCAAGCCACUGGUCUUCCUCAGUAUCUGUCCAACUUCGUCUUCUGUCAGUAUUCGUUCUGGGACCAGCCUGAGCCCAUCAUUGUAGCCCCUGAAGUUGACACAUCAUCCUCGUCACCUAGUACCAAGGACCCACAUUGCAUGGUGGUGUUUGACAGCUGCAAGGAAAUGGCGGUGUCAGUAACGGAGGAUUUCAUUGAGUACCUCACAGAAGGGGCAGUUGCCAUUGAGGUGUACGGACACAGACAGGCUGAUGCAGGAAGAAACCCUGCCCUGUGGGACCUCAGCAUCAUCCAGGCCAAGACACGCACACUACGAGAUAGGUGGAGUGAGGUAACACGUCGCCUGGAGCUAUGGAUUCAAAUCCUGGAAAUAAAUGAGAAUGGAGACUUUGUCCCAGUGGAAGUGGUCCCGGCCAGAGAUGUGCGGACUGGUGGAAUCUUCCAGCUUCGGCAGGGUCAGUCGAGGCGAAUCCAGGUAGAUGUGCGCUCAGUUCAGGACUCAGGCACUAUGCCUCUGAUAGCAGAGAUUGUGCUUGCAGUAUCAGUGGGAUGUGUUGAGAUCAGAAACACCGCACCAAACCAGGAAGGAGACGAGAUGGACAGUUAUCAGGAAAGAGAUCUGGAACGUUUGCGGCGGCAGUGGUUAGCUGCUCUCACCAAGAGACAGGAAUACCUCGAUCAGCACUUGCAGAGCUUGGUUAUCAAAGCAGAAAAGACAGAGGACGACACAGAGAGGGAGGCCCAGCUGCUUGAGUGGCGCUUGACUCUGACAGAAGAAAGAAACGCUGUCAUGGUGCCCUCUGCUGGCAGCGGCAUUCCAGGAGCACCCGCUGAAUGGGUUCCUUUACCAGGCAUGGAGACCCACAUUCCUGUCCUCUUUCUGAACCUCAAACCUGAUGACCUCAGCUCCCAAGACCAGUUUGAGGUACCUGAGGCUGGAGGCUGGGAUGCCACCUUGAGUGGGGAGGAUGAGGACGACUUUUUUGACCUCCAAAUUGUCAAACACUACGAUGGAGAGGUGAAAGCAGAAGCAUCGUGGGACUCUACUGUCCAUGACUGUCCUCAGCUCAGUCGUGGGGGAGCGUGGCCGGAGCAGCGCGUCUAUCUGACCGUUCGAGUGGUGGUUCAGCUCAGCCACCCUGCUGACAUGCAGCUAGUGCUGAGAAAGAGAAUCUGUGUCAAUGUUAACCCGGGGCGCCAGGGUUUUGCCCACAACUUUCUUAAAAGGAUGUCAACCCGCAGCACCAUACCAGGCUGUGGGGUCACAUUUGAGGUGGUCUCCAACAUCCCUGGGGACACUCCUGGUUCAGAGGACAGGGAGUUGUUGGCCCGACUUGCUGCCAGCGCACACAAAGGCCAGUCAGGUGAUGACGAGGCUGCCAUUGAGAAAUACCUCCGCAGUGUCCUGAGUCUGGAGAACAUCCUGACUCUGGACAGACUCAGACAGGAGGUGGCCGUGAAGGAGCAGCUGACUAGCAGAGGGAGGAGUAAUAGACGGAGCAUAAGCUCUCCAUCUGUCCACAGGCUGUCUGGAAGUAGACAAGACCUGUCCACGACCUCCCUGCUGGAUGAGAAGGGUCGAUGGGAAAGUCAGCAGGAUAUCUUCAUGCCCUCUCAGUUUCACCGAACCCUCCCCCGCCCAGCCUCAUCCCCUUCCACCUACUCCACCUCCCCCUCUUCAUCCCCUACUCCCUUUGCCAUGACCUCCCCACAGAACCACGAACCAGAGCAAGGUCGUUCAGGACUUGCUGCCUCUUAUCUUUCAGUUAAAGCGCUGGUUCCUCAGAUGCCCAAACUGCUCAAGUCUCUGUUUCCAGCGCGAGAUGACAAGAAGGAGCUGAGACCUUCACCGCACAACCAGCAGCAGCAUGUGCCUCGCAUCAUGACAUCAUCAGGAGGGGACGACAGCCGAGUCAAGUCUGAGACGGCUGCUAUUCUACGGCCCCCAGCCAAAGACAGACGAGCAGAGUUCCCAGAGGUUCCUCCUCUUCCUGUGCAUGACCCGCAUGACACCACCCCCCUCAGCCCCCUCAGCCAGUCAUCCAGCGGCUACUUCUCCACUAGUGUUUCUACAGUUACCCUGUCUGACGUUCUCCAACCCUCCUCCUCGUCUUCCUCCCUCAUGGCUGCUGAGACCACGUUACUCACAAAUCCCCAGCAGCAGGGUGCUGACAGGAACGAUAUUGUGACCUCUCCUUCUCAGUGUGGCCCCAAGAUGGCCGUCAUGGCUCCGCCUGUUUCUCACAGCUCAGCCAAUCACAACAACAUCACAGCAGAAAUGUCCUUCUCCGAACAGAAGCAGGUAAACUCAGGAGGAGGAGGAGGUGAAGGCUUUGAGAGGCUGGAGAUCUUGGUGGAUGAUGAAGAGCAUAGUCAUGACGACGUACUGCCUGAUUGGCUGACAGAGGGGGCGUAUGUUACAGUAGGAAGCAAUAAGGCGGGGACUGUGCGCUACGUGGGAAUGACGCAGUUUGCUGAAGGAGUGUGGGUGGGGGUGGAGCUGGACACUCCUGUAGGUAAGAAUGACGGCUCAGUCGGAGGUCAACGGUAUUUCCACUGUAAACCAGGUUAUGGGGUGCUGGUCCGCCCAAACCGACUGUCCUGUCGGGAUCGGUCCAGUCGGCAGACAGGAAGCUUUGCUCCUUCCGCCCACGUCCCCAUCCUCAGAGGAGAAGCUAUUGUUGCACGUCGGGGGGAGAACCGUAAGUCUUGGAGCAGCUGAGACAAAAAUUUAGGAGCUGGAUGGGAGAGAUGAACUCCCCACAGCCCUCCUCCUCCUCCUCCUCCUCCUCCUCCUCUCUUCCUCUCCGCCCAGCUAUGCAAGAGGCUCACACAUCAGAACUGACCUACUGCCUAACCUCCUGUAGUUGGAAACUACACUCACUGCGUUCAUUCACAGGAAAUGAAUGGACAUUGAAUAAAGACAGUGAAGAGACCCGUCAGAACAAAUGCAAGUAAGGCGAUGAAAGACUAUGCAGAGUAUGCAGAAGUCCGUGGAAGGACUGUUUAUCAUGUGGGAAGAUCACGUGAAGUAAAUAGCAGUCAGUGGGAAGACUGCUGAGAGUGAGAGGAGGGACUUCUUUGGACCUGGGAAGAGAACAGACUCUACCGGCUGGAUGAUUUGCCUCAGAGGUGCUUUCUGAAAUGAUAUACAGGGAUGCAAACUGUCACUGUUUUGAGGUCACAGCCUAUCGUUUGAUUGGGAGAAGAAAAAAAAAAACACCUUUUUUAGAGUGAAAAAGUCUCUUUUCUAGUCUGAUGAUGGCUAAUGGUUUUUUGUGCCUGAUCUUUUUUUCAUUAUCUCUGUUUCAUUAUUAUUUACGUUCAUGAUUCAUUCUUGAUGCCCCUCAUAUCUACAAGGGAAAAUCAGAAUGAGGUCAAACACAUGUAUAGCCACAAUCUGACAAGCUUAAAUCAAUAUGGAAAAGAUUGAAUAGUUUAUUGUGUAAUUUAUUUUAUCUUUAUUUUAUCUCUAUGUAUUUUAUUUUUUUAUUCUAUCACUCUCCCUCCACGUCGUUCUGAGCUCAAUGAUUUCUGUUCUUUGUAAAUGAAGAAAUCGAUCCACUUUAAUUUGUAAACAUUUUUUAUUUUAAAUUGGUGUUGGAGUGAUAUAAACUUCAAACCACGUUAGUUAUUUGGUGACAGAAUGCUUUUCCACAUGGAAUCUGUUUGCAUCCCUGCAUAUUAUGUUUUUUCUUUGUAUCCCUGAGACUCCAUAUCCCAGAAUUCCCCCCUACGGCUGCCACUCCCCUGAACUCUCCACAUCCAGUGUGCAGACGUACCCCUUGACCCACUGAGACUCGUCUCCCUCCUGGACUCUUUCUUUUGAAGAUAGAUCCUCCCAGAAUGUGCCUUCACUAUGGCUUGGUUUGCAUUGGUUUUUCUGGAUAUUUAAUUUCUGUUAGCUGUGUUUAUGUUGAAAAGAAUGCCUUGUGCUGUAAGUGUGAGGUGAUCUCAGGGACUGCAGAGGGAAAAGGACAAGGUGGGGUGUGUGUGUGUGUGUGUGUGUGUGUGUGUGUGUGUGUGUGUGUGUGUGUGUGUUUGCAAUUGUUGUACAGUGUUGCACAAGUAAGUUCGUGUUGUUGUUGUCGUCGUCGUUUUUGGUGUUAAAGAUUAGCUGUGUAGAACCGAAAGAGUUGUGUCUUCAUCAGACAAAGCCACUAUGGGAGCGAGCAGCUUGUACUGGGAGGCUUUAAAAGUCAAUUUUGCACUGGAGACGUUGGAUUAAAAGAUUCUGUAUGUGAACAGAAUGUGUCUGUGGUUAUGAUGCAGCAAGACAGAGGGCUGUUCUUCACAGCAGCUGAGGUAAUACGAAGAUAUUUGAUGGCUUCUGUUCUUUUAAGCAAAGUCCCUGGUCAUCCUCUGUAAGUCAGUGAUGACAUCUGGACACCCGGAGGUGCUGUUUUAGAAGUGUGUUGGUGGCAAUGGGCACAGGUGUGUAUUAAGGAAAAGAAAGUGACUUUGUGUGGAAUAUUUCAAGCUUGAGAAGAGAAAUAAUUUGUUUCUAUGCAUUUGAUCUUUUAAAAAAGUUUUGGUCUUUGUUUCUGGGAGAAUAAGAUCCAAGUACUCUUUGGGAAAGUAUUAAACCCAGCCUCACUUCUGACUGACACAUUCCUGACACGUCUGCUGAAGAAAAUACAAGCUUGUGUGGCAGAUAUUGGGAUAGUUUUAACAUUUUUGCUGACCUUAUCCCCAUGCAUUCAUUUAUGGAAAUUCAUUGCAGCACACAGGAGCACUGUUUGCUGUAAUGCAGACGACCUACACUUGUGUCUGCAGUACUUUUCCAUAAGCUAAAGGGCCACUUCACCUAUAUCACAGAUGAAGCUCAGUUUAUUGCUCAUACUAUGAUAACUACUGUGGCUCAGGAACGGCCUUAUAGGUCUGAGAAAUGACCCUGUCCCCACGGCUGUCUCACCAUGUAUGGGGUUUCAUUGUGGGAGAUGUAGUUUUACAGUCCUGGAGUACGACUCAUUGCAGAAACCAAAAGUUUUUUGGCUUCUACUGUUUUAAUUUUGACAGUUCUUCUUGGAAUUGCUACACUAAAUGUCUGGAUUUACCUAAUGUUAAGAUAAAUGUAUUCGAUGGGGGUUAAUCUGAGCGUCAGAGUGUUGCUGCCUCACUGAGUGAGCAUCAAGCACGCGAUGAUUUAAAGAUGGAAAAUGGAUACUUCAUCUUUACUUGGGACACUUUACAAUGUAAUCUUAUUUACAGCAGAAACUCUCAGUUUAUUUCCCGUUGAGGACAAACCUGAUAGUUGACAUUCUUUUGCUGUGUGUCGCUGUUUCUACGGUGACAUUCAGUUUGUCCAUGUGUACUAAGGAAUCUCUGAUGCUUGUAAACGCAUCACGUGGCGUACUGUGUGGCUGUUAACACACUCGGUAUGACCAAACACUAUCGUCUUCAUGAAUACGUGCUUUUCUUCAUUUUAUCAUGUGUCUCCUUAAUUUGAGAGGCGUGACUUUACUAUUUAUAUUUAAUCCUUGUACACAUGCCUUUAUCGCACGAAAAUUGAUAAAGCCUUUUAUUUUAAGAAAUAUUGCACAAAUGAUUUCAUGGAAAUUGCUGCUAUUAGCAUUGUAAAUUUAACUGUAAAUGAUCAGUUGAUUGAAUCUAACGCUCUGUAUCUCUGACUGUGCGCUCGAUUGGAUUUCAGUAGUUUGUUUUUGAGUCUCAAAUGGACAAACUGAAGUCGGUGCUUUUAGUUUAGUGGCCAACAUCAUUUUACAUAAAGAUAGAAUUUCUACAAAUGAGGCACUUUGUCAUGUGAGCCUUAAAGCAGAGAUGGCUAGAAUAUUUUCUGGGUGAAAAUGAAUUAUGUAUUGAUUUCUAAGCAGAAAUGAGGAAGCUAUAAUGUUGAAGUUGCAGUAAAUUGAAAUAUGAGAUGAGGCUCAAUAUAUCACCAUAGUCUAGUUUAUCAUCCGUGUAUUUAUUGUCUGGCCUUAAAGCCCGGGACACUGGAGUCCUCUGACUGGUUGGUGGCCGUCUGUGUGUCAUCGAUGGGCAGGUUGUGAUGCGUUUUGUAGGUUGGACUCUUGUUGGGUUAGUUAGUUUUUGUAUAUAUCUAUCUAAUGUUGUGGUUUGUAACAGUUAGGUGGUAAUGAAGGAAGGUCGUGAAGUUUUCUUGUGUGUGGUUGUGUAGUGUGUGUGUGUGUGUGUGUGUGUGUGUGUGGUUGGGUGGACCUGCUCUGAUUCAGUUGUGUCUGUGAGUCCUUGCCAAGAUGGGAAAUGACCGCCAGCUGUCACGUCACUUACAAUUCUUGGGACUUUUGCUGAGAGCAACAAACUUUCGACCUCCCUGCUCUCUUGAAAAAAAAUGUAAAAAAAUAAAUUUAAAAAAAGUCCCAGGGUCUGUGGCUGGUGGAUUUUCCCAUCCUGGUCUCUGCUCAGACACUUCUUUUAGGGGUUUGAGAUCACGUCAGGCUUCUGGAUGUCCUUUUAUGUUAUUGUGCCUCAGAAACCAUGUGACCAUCUUCCAUACACUGUUUUCAUAUCAAUGUUUCUAUUAAUUUGCACAAAAGUCUCCAGAGGGAAUUGAAGAGUUCAUUACUGGAACACAUGUAUAUGGAAAAGGAAAAUACAACCUUUUUUAUGAACCAGUGCCCUCAAGUUACCUGUUCUUCUCUCAAUUUAACAUUUUGAGGUUUGGGAGCAAUAGUCUUCAGCCAUAGUCCUUGACUCACUGCUUAAGUCUUUAUUAAGUCAAAAAUAACAGAAACUGGUGUAAUUGUGAGGGAAUGUUUUACACAACAGCAGAACUAAGCUUAAAUAUAGCGAUAAGAUCUGACAUGUCUUUACUUCCAGCACACACCCUCUCUGUAACUCCCAUCAGUGAACAUAGAUGCACAUCGUCUACAGAGCAACAAGAUCCAUUUGAAAAAGAAACUGCACAACGAGAAGAGUGUUUUGAUCAGGAUAGAUUCAAAGUCAUAAUUCAUUUCCGUAGUCUCCACCUCUGCUACUGUAGAGGUCAGGGCUAAGCUGACAAGUUAUGUGACAACAACCAUUAGAACCACAUUCAGUCCUUUUUAUGUCAUGUCAUUUGGAUCUACACCACCGUUCAAAAGUUUGAGGUCACCCAGGCAAUUUUCAUGUUUUCCAUGAAAACUCACAUUUUUAUUCAUGUGCUAACAUAACUAUACAAGGGUUUUCUAAUCAUCAGUGAGCCUUUCAACACCAUUAGCUAACACAAUGUAUCAUUAGAACACAGGAGUGAUGGUUGCUGGAAAUGUUCCUCUGUACCCCUAUGGAGAUAUUCCAUUAAAAAUUCCAGCUAGAAUAGUAAUUUAUCACAUUAACAAUGUCUAGAUUGUAUUUCUGAUUCAUUUAAUGUUAUCUCCAUUGAAAAAAUAUUUUCUUUUAAAAUUAAGGACAUUUGUAAGUGACCCCAAACUUUUGAACGGUAGUGUAAGUCCAGCCUAUACAGAUCUCUAGGAGUCCUCAGCCCUUCACAGUGUUUCCUUUUUGUUGACUUCUGUUGUUUUAAGUGCUUUUAUUUUUCUUAGAUGCACCUCAUGUCUUUGUGCAGAAUGUUAUGUUUCUGUAGUUCUGUGCCAACGUCUGGAGCAGCUCCUGCCUUAACCUGCCCUUCAACCUGGAACCAGACUGGUUUUAGCAGAAACUGUCUCAGCUCUCUUAAGUGAACGCGCUGUACUCCAGUAAACCCUCAGCACACUGAGUUUUAAAGAGGGUCAUUCCAAAACCAUGGAAACCCUUUCUGGUUUAUUGACUGAAAGAGUUUCCACUAAAAGAGUUGUUUAAUGGGUCACAGGAUCUGUCGGGUUUUUACUACCUGUGUUAAUGCGCAUUUUAAAAUAAUGCAUUGAGAAAAAGUUAGCAGAAAAGCAAAUUACUUUUUUUUUUUUUUAAAAGAUCGCCAAUUUUACAUUGUUGGAACCAAAUUGAGGUAUUUUGAACUUUUUCAAAAAAGAGGUAAAGUGCCCAGUGGGAGAUAGAAAUAUCUUUGUCUAAAAGGUUUUCACAUAGAAAACAAUGAACUCAUCAGACUGAUCUGCUGUUUCCACUUCUUUCAUUGUCUUCACCUUUAGCCAAUAUAAAACAUGUCAAACACCAUCAAAACUGUCAUGAAUAAAUAGUUACAGCUUGCAGACUGAAAACAAUUCCUGACAACCUCUUUCUAUUUUUCACUCAUGGAUGGCCAUGUCUUGUUUGUUCCUCCUUCUUCAAGGUUUUGUGUUUUUGUUUUUUUUUGUUUUUUUACACCUUCUUCCAUUCUUUAAUCCAGCCGUAGGUGACACAGCUGUACAUGUCCAACACUGCACAGCUUAGUUUAUUCACUCUAAAGUGGUUAAUUGAAACAAGCCUGUUUUAAUGUUAUUUAGUUUUGUUGUGAUGUUUCAAAAGCUUGCUUUGAAUUUGCUUGACAUUGACACAGAUAUGUGGCUAUUGUCUAAAUGUCAGGAAAGCUAAUGUGUUGCCCCCUAGUGGCUGCUGGAAAACCUGAUAAAAGGCCUUUCUUCCACACAUGGUUCUAUACAAGACAACUAGAAAAAUCAUUGAAACUAUCAUCCACCACAACAGAAACCCAGGAUGGAAACAGAUUUUCUAUUUGCUGUCUUUGGACUUGUGUUGGACUAGAAUGUAUUUUCCGGCCCUGGUAGUAAAUUCUCAUCCUGUAACUACCUCUGUCCUGCUCUUGGUCAUCCAGAUUGUUGAACCACCGAGUUUUUCUAGCUGACAGUUACACGUGCUUCACUACUGACCCAGCUGCAGCCGCUUCCCUUUUCGGUGUGUUUUCAAUUAUUAGAAUAAACCACACAAACAAGCAAUAUGUAGCUAGCAGUUGAUGCAGCGCAGCCUUGUUGCAGGUGCAUAGUUUUCCAGCUUUAGGCCGUUUCUGAACGUUUCAGCUGGGUCUGCUUUCCAGGAACACUCAGAUACAACUCCUCCUCCUCCUGGUGCAUUAUAAAGCCUGUUGAUAUCAAUGUUCCUCCAAGGUACCAGCAGCCAUAUUUAGCUGAGCUGUGUAAUGAUGGAAGGCUAAUAGGAGCUUAACGAGAGGGUUUGGUGCUUGUUAAGUCCAGGAGUUCACUCCUGCUGUUAUUUCUGCAAAAAUAAAAAUCCCCUCCAGCCCUGUAGCUUUUCACACUUUCAGCUGAAGAGAUGCUAAGUUUGUAAUGACCUUGGUCAGCAGUAUUACUGUCAUCCUAACUAAUCAUUAUCAAUCACUGCUACUGCUGAUUCUGUGGAGCGUUUGUCUUGAUUUGUCAUCUGUAUGUGUGAGUGCACCGUCACAGUGGUGCUCUAUGUAUGUAUGUGUAUAUAUGCGCAUCUAAAGACUUAUAAAGAGAAAAAAAUCUGAGCACAAGUUUGGGUUUUGAUUAAUUUAAUUGUUUUAUGUAAUUCUAUGCUGCAAUCCAAAGAAUAAAUGUGUAUUAUAAUACA